GAUUAGCUGCUCUUUGCAUAGGUUGUAGCUGUGUAAGAGCUUUCUGUAGUGAUGGGCCCCACGGCGGAGAUCUAUUGGCUGCUGGCUUUGUAAAUUUCAUUCAGUUUGGUCCAAUAGCAGAGGGAGAGCUCCGGAGACAGCAGGACCUGGCUUCUCAAUCUCUCUUUUUUCUUGCAAAGCCGGCUUGCUCUCCCAUCUCUGUCUCCAAGCCCAGAGCUCUUAUUCAGCCGCUGGCUGGCUCCUUCCUGCGCUGAUUCUGACGUCUUUUAAAACAAUUUUUCCUCUUCUUCAUCUUCUUCGAUCUUCUUGUGCUUCUUGAUUUUUAUUUUUCUCUUGCUGGCCACUGACUUUGGAGAACAUAAGCAGCUCAUUUCCCUCUGACGGUGGUCUCCCUGUCCUUACAUUCCUUUGGAUAAGCAAGCCCGGCUGGUGUGUGGUAACCUCCUGAAUCACCCUCCUGCUGGGCUCCGGUCCCUGGAAAAAUCUGGAUGAGUACAGCGCAGUCUGGCCACCGAUGUAGCUUCACGCUGGCUCAGGUUAUUUUUUAACCUACUCCAGUGAGUGAGCUGAAAUGGCUGUACACAUCUCCCCAGAUCCCCGAGUCUGUGGCUGUGCAGAUGAGAUCACAUGGAGAAACCUAUUUGAAAGCUUGUCGUAGAGCGGACAGGUCUUUCUUAGCUUCCCCUACUCUGAUACUUCAAGAGGAAGCAACGUACUGAUGAUGGAAAAAAUAACCAAGUAAAUAUCUGAGGAGUGAUUGUCAAAGGUUCUGUGUCGACCAGACAACGUAAUGGCUUCUCUGGAGUUUUCCUAAUGAGUUCUCGUGCUCGGGAGGUGCUGCAUGGUCACGGCUUGCUUCUUCGGGAGUGCUGCUGUUAGCUGGUGGCAUCUGCUUGCAGGAGUAGACAGGGGACCUGUGCAGCCAUGGAUCGCCAAGAGCAGUGCCACCCUUCUUCAUAACAUGGGGCUGUGCCUAUGAGCACUCGGAGAGCCCUCCCCACAGCGUUCCACAGCUCCUGGGUCCUCUUCUGCCUGGACGUCCCUCUGUCCCCAGCAUCGGGCCCCACGCCUGGUUUUGUUUCUUUGAAGACCUCUCCCUCGGACACCUGCGGAUGUGGAAGAGAACAAUGUCUAGGCCCAAGGGACUCUUAUGGCUCCCCUUGUUCUGCACCCCAGUCUGCAUCAUGGUCAACUCCAACGUCCUCCUGUGGAUCACGGUGCUGGCCAUCAAGUUCACGGUGAUCGACAGCCAGGCACAGUAUCCAGUGGUCAACACAAACUAUGGCAAAAUCCGAGGCCUAAGAACACCACUGCCCAAUGAGAUUCUGGGUCCCGUGGAGCAGUACUUGGGGGUGCCCUAUGCCUCGCCUCCCACAGGAGAGAGGCGGUUCCAGCCUCCCGAGCCCCCAUCCUCCUGGACAGGGGUUCGCAACGCUACUCAGUUUGCAGCUGUGUGUCCCCAACAUCUGGACGAGCGGUCUCUCUUGCAUGAUAUGCUGCCCAUCUGGUUUACAGCCAACUUGGAUACCCUGAUGACAUACGUGCAGGAUCAGAACGAAGACUGCUUGUACUUAAACAUCUACGUCCCCACCGAAGAUGAUAUCCAUGAUCAAAACAGUAAGAAGCCAGUGAUGGUGUAUAUCCAUGGUGGAUCCUACAUGGAGGGCACCGGGAAUAUGAUCGACGGCAGCAUUUUAGCCAGCUACGGGAAUGUCAUUGUUAUCACCAUUAACUACCGCCUGGGAAUAUUAGGUUUUUUAAGUACCGGGGACCAGGCAGCCAAAGGUAACUAUGGCCUCCUGGAUCAGAUACAAGCCUUGCGAUGGAUCGAGGAGAAUGUGGCAGCCUUCGGCGGUGACCCCAAAAGAGUGACCAUCUUCGGGUCUGGGGCUGGAGCCUCCUGUGUCAGCCUGCUAACCUUAUCACACUACUCAGAAGGGCUCUUCCAGAAAGCCAUCAUCCAGAGCGGCACUGCCCUGUCCAGCUGGGCCGUGAACUACCAGCCUGCCAAAUACACUCGGAUGUUGGCAGAUAAAGUGGGCUGCAACAUGCUGGACACCACGGACAUGGUGGAAUGCCUGAGGAAUAAGAAUCACAAAGAGCUCAUUCAGCAGACUAUUACCCCAGCCACCUACCACAUCGCCUUCGGCCCCGUGAUCGACGGGGAUGUCAUCCCGGAUGACCCCCAGAUCCUCAUGGAGCAGGGAGAGUUUCUCAACUAUGACAUCAUGCUGGGCGUGAACCAGGGAGAGGGCCUCAAGUUCGUGGAUGGCAUCGUGGACAACGAGGACGGUGUGACACCCAAUGACUUUGACUUCUCCGUGUCCAACUUCGUGGACAACCUGUACGGCUACCCGGAGGGCAAGGACACCUUGAGAGAGACCAUCAAGUUCAUGUACACGGACUGGGCUGAUAAGGAGAACCCAGAAACACGCAGGAAGACCCUGGUGGCCCUCUUCACCGACCAUCAGUGGGUGGCCCCCGCGGUGGCCACCGCUGACCUCCACGCCCAGUAUGGCUCACCCACCUAUUUCUAUGCUUUCUACCAUCACUGUCAGAGCGAAAUGAAGCCCACCUGGGCGGACUCAGCCCACGGGGACGAGGUCCCCUAUGUUUUUGGGAUCCCCAUGAUCGGCCCCACCGAGCUCUUCAGCUGUAACUUCUCCAAGAAUGACGUGAUGCUGAGUGCCGUGGUCAUGACGUACUGGACCAAUUUCGCCAAGACCGGGGAUCCCAACCAGCCCGUCCCCCAAGACACCAAGUUCAUCCACACCAAACCCAACCGCUUCGAAGAGGUCGCCUGGUCAAAGUACAACCCCAAAGACCAGUUGUAUCUGCACAUCGGCCUGAAGCCCAGGGUGCGGGAUCAUUACCGGGCCACCAAAGUGGCUUUCUGGUUGGAACUGGUCCCCCACCUACACAACCUGAACGAGAUAUUCCAGUACGUCUCGACCACCACCAAGGUCCCCCCGCCAGAUAUGACAUCGUUCCCUUAUGGGACCCGGAGGUCUCCGGCCAAGAUCUGGCCCACGACCAAACGCCCGGCCAUCACUCCGGCCAACAACCCGAAACACUCCAAGGAUCUGCACAAGACGGGGCCCGAGGACACCACCGUGCUCAUCGAAACCAAGAGGGAUUACUCCACAGAGCUGAGCGUCACCAUCGCGGUGGGGGCCUCUCUGCUGUUCCUCAACAUCCUAGCUUUUGCGGCCCUAUACUACAAGAAGGACAAGAGACGCCACGAGACCCACAGGAGACCCAGUCCCCAGAGGAACACCACCAACGACAUCGCCCACAUCCAGAACGAGGAGAUCAUGUCCCUGCAGAUGAAGCAGCUGGAACACGACCACGAGUGUGAAUCCCUGCAGGCCCACGACACCCUGAGGCUCACCUGUCCUCCAGAUUACACGCUCACCCUGCGGCGGUCCCCAGACGACAUCCCGCUCAUGACACCAAACACCAUCACCAUGAUCCCCAACACACUGACGGGCAUGCAACCUUUGCACACCUUUAAUACCUUCAGCGGGGGUCAAAACAGUAGCAAUUUACCACACGGACACUCCACCACUAGAGUAUAGCUUUGCGGUCCUCCUCCUCCUCCUCCUCCUCCUCUCCUUCGGCGCCUGUAGAAGACAUCAAGAGACACAGAUGGAGAAAACAAAAGAUCCUCCAACAUAGCAAAGCUUUUCAUCUCACCGAUUUAGGAUGACAACUCCAGCCAACACAUAAUAAAAAAACCAACAAAAAAAAACCCAAGAAGUCAUCUUGUUUGCUGAGACCCGCCCUCCCCCUUGACAUUCUCCUGAGCUAUUGGAUCAACUUCUCACCCUACAAAAUGUGAAAAGCCUCCAUUUCUCUUAGAUAUACUGCUUUAAAAAUCCUCACCAUUCCCCAAAGACCGCCCCUGUCUUUUUCCCAAAACACCUGCAUUCAGACUCUGAGGUUCCCAGCGUUCACGAUUAGGAAUUCACACUUCUGGAACCCAGCGAGGGACAUCGAAUUUGUUUUUUUUUUUUUUUUACUUAAAAAAAAUUACAAUUGAAACAAACAAAAAAGAUAAGUUCUUCACGUGCCAUACCAUGGAUGGCUCUACUUGAGAAAAAAGAGUAUCUGAAGAUUUUUUUUCUUUCUUUUCUGUUUCUGUUACCCGGCGUACAUAAAGAGUUGUUAUCCAGAGAGAAGGCAAAAAGUAAAAUUUUAUCAUUAAAAUAAAAGACUUGACUAUGCAGAAAAAAAAUAAAGGAGAAAAAAAAAAAAAAAAAAAACCUAUAGCAUUCUGUGCAAAGAGCUGGUUUGCCAGCCUGAACUAUAUUUAAAAAAACUUUGUAAAAAUAAAAAAAAAUUGUAUAUAGCUGUGAGUUUAAACCAAGAAAAACCACACGCACACACAUACACAGAGGGAGAACAAAAGGAAAAAAAAAAAAAAACAAAGCUUUUAUUGAUGUUUUCAGUUUGAAAGAGCUUUUAGCAAGAUUGUGAUUUUUCAUUGUGUUCUGAAUGUAUAUAAAUAUAAAUAUAUAUAUGUUAUAUAUACAUUGGUCAUUCCACCUCCGUUUCUUCCCAAGCAAACUACAGCAACACCAACAAAAAACAAAGCUUUUGUUCUUAAUUAUUUGUGGUCAAGCAAACAAACAAUUUGUUCAGUACCAUUCAUGAGAAGGUGUGGCAUCUUGCAGAAGAUUACUCGACUUUCUGGGUGACCUGUCUGUGUUCCCUCUGGAGUCACACAAAUGCAUGAAACAGAAAUAUCCUUAUGGAGACUGUUGUUUUUAUUUAUUCUCUGUUUCUGUCUCUCUCUGUCUGUCUCUCUCUCUCUCUGUCUCUAUCUCGUCUCUGUCUGUGUGUCUCUGUCUCUCUCUCUGUGUCUCUGUCUCUGUCUCUCUCUCUCUCUCUCUCUCUCUCUCUCUCUCUCUCUCUCCUCUCUCUCUCUCCAAACUUAUUUUCUGGCUCGAGUGUAGCCUUCCUGAAAUCACCAUGCAGGGCUGAAAUGUUCACGCACGCACGCGAAUUCAAGGGAUAGACACAUACAUGCAGCCUGCCAGGAAGGGUUGUGGGGGAAAAAAAAAACAAAAAAGAGAGAGAAAAACAUAAUAUAGGUCUCAUUCUGUCAUUCUUGCCCUCUGAAUAGAUGUAGGAAGAGUUCCUUCCCAUCCUAGAAGGUUGCCAAACAGGAAAGAAAGCCGGUCUUUGGAGGAAUUGUGCCUGGAGGGAUCAAUACGUCUUUGUGUCACAGGCCAGCUGCAGGGUCUCUGCCGUGGGGCCGACUGCUCAGCCUCUUUAAUCAGCCUGGACCGGUUAUGCUUUCUGCUUAUUGAUUAGCAAGCAGCUCCCCCCCUGCACCCCACAAUCUCCCUAUCGUUGAUGGGAUAAAACAUACGCUUGUCUUAAUAAUCCCUUUGGGCAGCAUUGACCAAUCAAGGAACGACCCAUCAAAAAGGCAGAAAAAAGAAAACUAGGAUCUGAAUCCUUUGCUUGGGUUUCCCAGUGCAUUUAGACAGUGGCAUAGUCAAGGAAAUCAGUAGAAAUUACUGGCCCACUUUGAACAGGCAACCUGCAGAUUUGAGCCCUGCAAUGUUUCAUGGUUUUGUAUUAUUAUUUUUCCCCCUUUAAGGGAUGUGUGGAGGGUUAUAAGGUAGGCUGAAUACAGUAUUUCUGUCUUUCACAUUUGACUGCUUUGCCAAGUAACAGUCACCAAAGACGAUUGCAAAGGCUGGAUUUUAGGUAUUACAGGAAUCUAGUUUUAGAAGCUAAGGUCCAGGUGGCAUUUUGCAUUAAAAAAAAAAAAAAAAAUGGUCCAGCUGCUUCCAUUUCCUUAAAAUAAAAACGUUUGAUGAUUAAAAUGUUUCCUACACUGAAACUGUAGUGAUAGCUAAAAGUGUUUAAUCUCUAGGGAGACAAAAAAAAAUUUAAAAAAGAGUUCUUAAGAAUACAGAAAAUCCUUCAGUCAACCCUGUUGCAUUCGUGGGUUUCAGUCAAGAGUUAUUCUCUGUGUACAUAAACACGUGGAACGUUUUGCGGGCAAUUUAAGAUCUGUGAAGAUGUCACAAGCCUUCCUUUACAAUGAGAUGUCAUAGAUAAAAAUGUGUCUCCUCUCAUUUGUCAUUUUUCCCUAACUAUUUUGCAAGCCAUUUCCUGCAAGCUAGCUCUCUGCCCAGCUGGUUUAAUAGCAGACAGACAGACAGCCGGGAUGGUUUUGAGUGUACGAGGGUUCGGAUCGUUCGUAAUGUGCAUUAAGUAUCUGUUUUGCUGCAGCUAGCAAUAUGUACAGUCAUCCGUCUGUCAGCCUGGUGGCAUUCGGGUAAGGACACGGUUUCUGUUCCGUGAAUCACUUUUGCUUUUCCGGAGGAUUAUGAUCAAAAGCAAUUUACUACAUCGUAAAGAAUAUCUUAUUUCUACAUGGAAAGAGGUUAUAGAAACUUCAUAGAGUUCUAUGAGAAGAAAAAAAAUAUACUUGCUAUCUAUAAAAAAGAAAAAAAAGGAGAAAAAAAUAAAAAAAUACUUUCUUAGGCUUUUAUUCUGGAUCUUCAAAGGCACGCAGGGUUUAAAUGGUUCGUUGGGUUAUUAUUUCGCGAUUUUGGUUUUUUUUGAUUUUUGCCUUAAGUAUUGAUAGAAGAUAUAUAUGGCUGGACACAUAUGUAUAAACUUUUCAGCAGCAUUUUUAAUAAUAAAAUAUCACGGUAUUUUCUAA